GACAGCACAACGGAACUGAAUGGUCUUGUUGAAGACAAAGAGGUGGCAGCCCGAGCUGUGGCUUUUGUAGUCAACAGUACCAGGAAAGGGAUUGUGCCACUAUGUGCUGACAUUGCCAAUCUACUUAGAGCUAAGAGAAGGUGAGAUAGGGCCACUAUGUGCAGACAUUGCCAAUCUACUUAGAGCUAAGAGAAGGUGAGAUAGGGCCACUAUGUGCAGACAUUGCCAAUCUACUUAGAGCUAAGAGAAGGUGAGAUAGGGCCACUAUGUGCUGACAUUGUCAAUCUACUUAGAGCUAAGAGAAGGUGAGAUAGGGCCACUAUGUGCUGACAUUGCCAAUCUACUUAGAGCUAAGAGAAGGUGAGAUAGGGCCACUAUGUGCAGACAUUGUCAAUGUAAUUUGAGCCAAGAGAAGGUGAGAUAGGGCCACUAUGUGCAGACAUUGCCAAUCUACUUAGAGCUAAGAGAAGGUGAGAUAGGGCCACUAUGUGCUGACAUUGCCAAUCUACUUAGAGCUAAGAGAAGGUGAGAUAGGGCCACUAUGUGCUGACAUUGCCAAUCUACUUAGAGCUAAGAGAAUGUGAGAUAGGGCCACUAUGUGCAGACAUUGUCAAUGUAAUUUGAGCCAAGAGAAGGUGAGAUAGGGCCACUAUGUGCAGACAUUGCCAAUCUACUUAGAGCUAAGAGAAGGUGAGAUAGGGCCACUAUGUGCUGACAUUGCCAAUCUACUUAGAGCUAAGAGAAGGUGAGAUAGGGCCACUAUGUGCUGACAUUGUCAAUCUACUUAGAGCUAAGAGAAGGUGAGAUAGGGCCACUAUGUGCUGACAUUGCCAAUCUACUUAGAGCUAAGAGAAGGUGAGAUAGGGCCACUAUGUGCAGACAUUGCCAAUCUACUUAGAGCUAAGAGAAGGUGAGAUAGGGCCACUAUGUGCUGACAUUGCCAAUCUACUUAGAGCUAAGAGAAGGUGAGAUAGGGCCACUAUGUGCUGACAUUGCCAAUCUACUUAGAGCUAAGAGAAUGUGAGAUAGGGCCACUAUGUGCAGACAUUGUCAAUGUAAUUUGAGCCAAGAGAAGGUGAGAUAGGGCCACUAUGUGCAGACAUUGCCAAUCUACUUAGAGCUAAGAGAAGGUGAGAUAGGGCCACUAUAAUAGGAAUAAAAAAAAAAAAAAAGCCAAAUACUAUUUAGAAGCAACAAUUUUUAUUUGAACCAUCAUGUGUCUUCUUUUACAUUGCUGACCUUAUUUAUUCUUAUUAUGUUCACUGGCUUUUUGAAUUUAAAUAUAGUGUUUUGGUGGAGUCCUUAGCUAUUAUCAAUGCCAUAAUACAGUGUUUUGGUGGAGUCCUUAGCUAUUAUCAAUGCCAUAAUACAGUGUUUUGGUGGAGUUCUAGCAAUUAUCAUUGCCAUAAUACUGUUUUUUGGUGGCAUCCUAGCUAUUAUCAAUGCCACAAUACAUUGUUUUGGUGGAGUCUUAGCUAUUAUCAGUGCUAUAAAGGGACUGAUAAGUCCAUGUCAUCUUUACCCUGUUUGGGGGAAGGGAAGGUGAGUUUUUGUCUUAGUUUUAGCAUAUUAAUUAGUUACAGUGAUCGAAUUAGUUUCCUAUUGUCCCCACACAGCGUUACAUAAAACACUAAGAUUCAUUGGAUAGCUGUCAGCAGCUAAUACCCACCUCCUUUACUUCUCAACACCCGGUUCUCAAUUUCAUUUCUAGGUAUAAUCCACAACUUGGCUUAUGUUGUCAAGGGGUGAUGACACCAAAAAGUUGAGAACCUCUGAUAUAACCAUUGAUCCUGAUAUUCUAGAUAGUAGAAAGCUAGAAAUUGUUUCACUGGAAAGCUCUUUAGGCUUGUGCUGGUAUGGGUUCACGUGAGUAUGUUCUUUUAUCAUCAUUAAUAACCUUUUGGUUUAUCCACAGCUUGGAAAAAAAAGUUUACCUGCUGAAGCGGGAAGUCGAAGCCCUGCGGUCAUCCACAUCUGUCAGUUUUCGAACCAGUCAUUCCACCAGCCCCACCCCUCCAUUGACAGAAAAAUCCCUGGUGGCCGACACUUCUUGCCUACAGGUGAUCUCAAAGUUUUUGUUUUGUUUUGUAUUUUGCAUGGCAUUAAUGAACUGUCUAAUUUUAGAACAGACAUCAUGAUAAACUGAUUUCUUUGCUUCUUUAAAAAAACUUGUUUAUCAAGUUAAUGAGGUUUUUAACACACAACAAUUUUAAACCAAACAGCAUUGGUACUUUAUUGAGAUUCAUAAUGUUACUGUGACUAAUUGAAACUUUGUGUUUUAUUCUUGUAAAAUAUGUUAGUAUCUACAUAAAAUGGCUUCAACCAUUUCAAAACAUAACUAGAAUAUUUGACCCAACGUUAAAAGGAUAAUAUUGAUCAAUAAAUGAAGGACUGCGAUACUUUCUACCUGCUAUCAUGAAGUCUCAUCAGAAUUAUUUAUUUUAAAAGGAAGUAUCUAUUUACUUCUGUUUACCCUUCUAUCUUCAUUUAGUUUUGAGAAAUAUUUAUCUGCUAUAUAAUAUAAGUCUACCAUACCCUUUUCGCACCCCUGAACUACAAUUUUUUUCUCUAAAAAUUGUAAAAACAUUAUCUUAAAUUUACAGAAAAAAUCUAUGUACCAUUUUAAAUAUCUUUUAACUUAACUAACUUUGAUAUAUUGGUAUCUUUAUUAAAAAUGUAACCAAACUUUUUCCCUGUUUCUUUACUAUAAUGUCAGAAAAUCAUAAAACAAAGUAUUCCAUUAUCUAAAGAAGAAUCUCUUAUGGUAAUAAGGGGAAGAGACUGCAAUUAGGUUAGCAAAAAAGGAAUUGAGUAAAAUAAAGUAUGUGAAAACUUGAAAAAGGAACACAACAAAACAACGAACGUGUGGUGCAGGAAGCCUUCGUCGGCGAACAAACAACAGAAAAAAACAGAAUGAAAUAAAAAAACGUAGCACUUAGUUGAAAAGUAGUAUCAUUGGAUUGAAAGAUUUUGCCAUUCACCUAAAAAUGUACAUGUCCUCUACCCUCCUCUGAUAUGUGUUUACAGAAGCAGGUUAAUUAUUGAUCAAAUUCAUUCCUUCAGUCUGAGGCAUAUCUUGUGCUGCCUGGGGCAAAAUGAAAUUAUCAAAUCCUGAUAUCUCUCUCUCUCUCUCUCUCUUCCCUCCUCCUCCUCCCUCGUUUUUUAGUAAACAUUAAUAAAAUCAUCCACAAGAUGGUAGCCCCCUACGUGCACAAUUAGAUAUUUUUGCAUGCCCCUAAACUUUUAUUAAAAUUCUAAAGAUCCCUUUUACCCGCAUUUUUAAAAAUAUUUUCUAAAAAAAAAUAGCUCUAAGCAUAAUUCCAUGGUUAUUUAACAUUGAAAUCUAUACAAAAGUUUUAAUCUAUAACAUUAUACAGCUUUGGAUCGCAAGUUCAUAUGGUUCAUUCUCAUUUAUUACUUUUAUGAGUGGUAAGUGAGUUAGUCACAGGUAUUACUGGCAUGCAGCUAUGAAGUUUGGCUGCACUAAUUGGCUUAAAACGCAUUUUAUUAUAGAAAAGUAGUUUUAAACUUUAAGUACUUAUCACUUUAUACAUUUGAUAAAAGCACAAUUUUUUAGAGUGAAAACUAACUAAAUCUGAUUCAAUGUUACAAAUGCAAAGCUAAAAUGUAAAAUUUGGUGUCAAUCAGCUUCAUUAUUUUCAAAAGGUAUUUAAAAAAAACAAAAACAAAAUUUACAGUUUUUUCUUUCUUGAUUUCUCUUGUAGGAAAGAUCCCGUCCCUGCUCGAGGUGUAGCCAGUGUUCAAGCAACGUCAGUAACUCUCCUAAAUUGGAGAGCACUUACAGCUUUAAAAGUUAUCUCCCAUCCCCUUCUCUAUCCAGGGAAGCAUUGCGCAGGACAUCCCCCAGGUUGGCUCGUCAGGUAAGUUUUCUUUCUAGAACAAUUAAUGAAGGAUGGCGGUGGAGAGCAAACAAAUAUUUUAUCUUCCAAUAAAUAUUAGUUUUCAUGUGAAGGUGAUUUCAUUUAACACUAUAAUUGCCACUUUGGCUGGUCCGUUAUACCUUAGUCUGUGGUGUCACAGGCUAGCAAAAUCUUCAUGGAAAAUGCAAUAAAUUGAAAGAAUAUUGGUUAAGGAGAAAUCACUUGAUAUAAAUGAGUUUAUUUCCUUUUCUCUCUGUGUGUUGACAUGCUUUAUAUGAGCGCUUGUUUUGUGAUCAAUGGGGUGUGAAAUUUGCUAAUUUUUUUUUUUAUGCUGGAGAGCAUCCCACUCUAAAUUGCAAGAUUUCUUUUUUGCAGUUAUUUCAAAUGGAUUUAAAUGAAAACAAUGAUUUCAGAGAUAUUGCAAGUGCUACUAAUGACAGUAUUAGCUCUAGUGGUGACAGAAGAGUCAGAUAUUGAUAAUUUUAGCACUAAGCUAAGUCAUAGUGUUACAGACAAAUUUGUUUGGAAAAGGUGGAAAUCAAACAGAAAAGACAAAAAAUUGGAUCCAAACAAAGUCAUUUAUGUUUGUGUAGGUUCUGGAGGAUUAAUUUAUAAAAAAUAGAUUUAACUCUUUCCAUGCCAGGGGGUUUUCCACGUUUGUGCCAGACCAUUAUUCGGCCAAUGGAAAUUUUUUAGGGUGCUCCUAUCUAUUAAUUAAUUUUGAAUACAUUUCUUUUAGCAAGAUAGUUUUAUUUCAUAUCAAAUUAAAGGAAAUUAGACAGAGAAUAAUAAUAUGUACAAUAUAAAACAAUAUAACAACACGUUAAAUGUUUUAGGUAAAAUUGUGAGAUCAAAUUUUUUUUUAUUUUUUAAAUUGCACACCAAAUUUGAACUUAUCAGACUACCAUACGGUCUGUGUAGCUGAUAUCCUAUUCUGCUUCAAUCCCCAAAAAGCAUAUCCAUUUUUUUUCAUAAUACAUUUUACAUUUUGAAAGUAUUCCAUUUUGUUAUAGAGUUAUACCCAUUUUUGUAACGUUAGGAGUAUUCUUAUCUGAAUCCUCACUGUUGCCAUAGUAACAAAGUGGUUUUGAAAAAAAAAAUUCAUAACUUUUGAACGACUUGAGCUAGAAAGUUGAUCUGGGUGUUUUUUUAAUCCAUUCUCUAGGCCCUAUGUGGCAUUUUUAUAUUUUUAAAAAUGUUUUGAAAUUUUUAUGAAAUUGCCGACAGUCACCACUAUUACUAUUACUAUCACCAUUCUAUUAAUAUUUCCAUUUGGCAUUUACCAACCCAUCAGAAUGCUGAAAAUCAUCAUUGGAAUCAGAUUCAAAUGAUUCAUGGUCAUUGUCUGUUGUUUCAGCAUCAAUAAUUAGCAAUAAAAGUUCUUUUGUUUGCAAAAUUGACUACCUACGUGGUCUAGCAACAGCUGACAUGCUUGGAGUGGGCGUGGCCAUGGGUUUGUUUACAAAAGGUUCAACACAAAUUGAACUAUUAUUAGAAAAAACACAUGCAAACCUGCCCUACUUCUUAAAAAAAGGAAGUAGUAAGAGUUAUCCUUCGUUUAAGAACAAAAAAAGUCUCUUAAUUACAUAAAUGAUAUCGACAGUAUACUGUGGGUUGGCACAAACGCAACCAGUCAAAUCGACAGUAUACUGUCGAUUGGCACGGAAAGAGUUAAUGAGAAAUUUUUGAAAUCAUUUCGUGCAUUCCACCUUUAUAUUCUGUGACAGAAAUUUAAUGGUAUUGAAUGACAACAAUUAACCCAUUUUACAAUUUUCAGUAUAAAUUCCUAUAACUUGACAUUUUCUGAUAUAAUAUUUCUUCUAGCAUUUCAAAAACUUUAUUGUAGGAUAGUUUGAACAAUUUAUGGAGCAUUAGGUUGGGUUGAAUGCAGAAGUUGCGUAAUAAAAGUUCACUCCCUCUGUAAAGCUCAACAUCUCUAAAUCAACAUAACAAAAAUAAAAACAAAUUCUUCUCAUACCCAAAGAUACCUUGUCUAGAGUUCUUUUAGGAAAUAUAUUCUUGUACAUUUUAAGGGUCUCUGUAGGGAUUGUUGUUAAUUUUGACGAGCACAUGAAAACCCUGAGUGUGGCUUGACGCUUCAGAGAAAUGCACUUGACAGUUUUAGGGUUAACCAUGUGAUAUCUGGAAUGGUGGCAUAUAUCAAAACUUGGCAAUUUAGUGAAAUUUACAAAACCCUUUUUUAAAUUUAAAAAUACUGUGGUUAUAUAGAUACUAUUGAAUGGUUUACGAAAACUAAUGAUCAACUUUCUGUCUCAAGUGGUUCAAACAUUGGGAAUUAUUUCGUGUAGGCCUCAAGUUAACUUUUUUACUAACAAAGAGUAAAAUGGACUCAUUUUGGGAUGGUAAUAAAAAAAAAGCAAGUAUAGUUUUUGAAGUCACAUGUACCAGGCCAUCUUUCCGAUAAAAAAAAAGCAAGUAUGGUUUUUGAAGUCAGAUGUACCAGGCCAUCUUUCCAAUAAAAAAAAAGCAAGUAUGGUUUUUGAAGUCAGAUGUACCAGGCCAUCUUUCCAAUAAAAAAAAAGCAAGUAUGGUUUUUGAAGUCAGAUGUACCAGGCCAUCUUUCCAAUAAAAAAAAAGCAAGUAUGGUUUUUGAAGUCAGAUGUACCAGGCCAUCUUUCCAAUAAAAAAAAAGCAAGUAUGGUUUUUGAAGUCAGAUGUACCAGGCCAUCUUUCCAAUAAAAAAAAAGCAAGUAUGGUUUUUGAAGUCAGAUGUACCAGGCCAUCUUUCCAAUAAAAAAAAAGCAAGUAUGGUUUUUGAAGUCAGAUGUACCAGGCCAUCUUUCCAAUAAAAAAAAAGCAAGUAUGGUUUUUGAAGUCAGAUGUACCAGGCCAUCUUUCCAAUAAAAAAAAAGCAAGUAUAGUUUUUGCAGUCAGAUGUACCAGGCCAUCUUUCCAUUAAAAAAAAAAGUUUUCAUUCAAGACACUAUUAUGAAUCAGAAAAGGAAAUGGUGCCAGAAAAGCAACAACCUAUAAUGACAUCAGUUAAAUCUUUUGUAAAAUCCGCAAUCUUGGCUAUUCAGCAUGUGCAAAUAUUUUGUUAAACUUCAAUUUUGUAUUUGCAAUCAAACAUGUUCUUUGCUCAGAAACUGGCUAAAAAUAUUAUUUUAGGUCACUCUCCUUUCUUGUAUGGUGUAAAUUCUUUUAAUUUAACCCUUCAGCCUCCAAAGCUACCUUUCAAUGGAAGUCAACAGCACAUCCUUACCGCACAGGCAUGCCAGGAAGUGGCAGUGUCACCAUGCGUCCAGACAGCAAGGCAAGACCCGGAGCCCGGCCGAAUGGAGGGGCGCAAAAAUUCCCUUCCUGAAAUGACAAGCGAACCCAGUGUGGAAAUCAAGAGGAUUAACCCAAAAAUAUCCAAAGAAACGCAGUGUUCCCUUCCCUUGAGAAGCGAGUCCCCUAUAGAAGAACAGUUUAUUGAAAGUGAGGAGUCUUUGAUUUAAGCUUACUCACAAAACCAUUGGUUAAAUUUGCUGCAAAUAGAUGCAUCACAAACCAUUUCAACUCUGUCUUUGAUUUAAGCUUACUCACAAAACCAUUGGUUAAAUUUGCUGCAAAUAGAUGCAUCACAAACCAUUUCAACCCUGUCUUUGAUUUAAGCUUAUUCACAAAACCAUUGGUUAAAUUUGCUGCAAAUAGAUGCAUCACAAACCAUUUCAACACUGUCUUUGAUUUAAGUUUACUCACAAAACCAUUGGUUAAAUUUGAUGCAAAUAGAUGCAUCACAAACCAUUUCAACUCUGUCUUUGAUUUAAGCUUAUUCACAAAACCAUUGGUUAAAUUUGAUGCAAAUAGAUGCAUCACAAACCAUUUCAACGCUGUCUUUGAUUUAAGCUUAUUCACAAAACCAUUGGUUAAAUUUGAUGCAAAUAGAUGCAUCACAAACCAUUUCAAAGCUGUCUUUGUUUUAAGCUUAUUCACAAAACCAUUGGUUAAAUUUGCUGCAAAUAGAUGCAUCACAAACCAUUUCAACUCUGUCUUUGAUUUAAGCUUACUCACAAAACCAUUGGUUAAUUUAGCUACAAAUGGCUUGAUGUACAUAUACAUCACAAACCAUUUCAACUCUGUCUUUGAUUUAAGCUUACUCACAAAACCAUUUGUUAAUUUAGCUACAAAUGGCUUGAUGUACAUAUACAUUACAAACCAUUGUAAUUCUAUGUUAACUCAUCUGCAGCUGUCAGACUAAAUUCCAAGUUGGCAGAAGAGUUGGGCUCAGCAAAGAAAGAAAUUGAGGUACUCAAAGGACGCCUCAAAGAACUUGAAGUGAGUCUUACAAAAGACAUGUGGCAUUCUUAAGUUGCUUUUACUUGCUAUGAUUGACAGAAGUUUUGCUUCAUCUCAUCCACCGCAUGACUCACUUGACAUGUGAUUUCAAUGUAUGUCAAUAUAUGGGAAUUUGGGGAAGGGGGGAACCACUGAUCAGGAAUGCAAGAUAUCUAUUAUUUUGUUCACUAGUCAUGUGAGUUUUCCUACUUUUUACCAAAUGACUAUUUUACCAUGACCUAUUUCUCAGAUGAACCAGCUGGCAAGAGACUGCACACAGGAUCAGUUUCCCAGGGACACAGAGCUAGAGGAGCCCAGCACAAACAGUUCAUUUAAUGACAGCCUAGGAGCUGCUCCAAACUCCUCACCCAAACCCAUGAACAAUGGUCACAGACGCUUCAAGACUAAUGGGUACGGGAAAUUUUAGUUUGGGCUGAGUGGAUGUUUUAAUAAUCCAACGGCUUGGCUAAAUUAAAUAGGUAACCCAUUUAUAGUUCAUGCGACUGCAAAAUAUCCUGAUACACUGUAAGAAAAAAAGGUUAUGUUAUAUGUGUACCCCAGGGGUUACCAUUAUUUAUAGACAUAAUAAAAACCUCGUGCAAGUAAUACUUGAUGAGGACUUCAUUUCCAUCUCCUUCACUUUUUUCAUAUAGCUGGGGAAAACCUUAGAAUAUUCUAAAUUUGCUGAUCUAAAGAGAGUUUGAUUUUGGUGGAGCUGGGUUCAUGUAGCAAAACUGGGUUCAUGUAGCAAAACUGGGGUCAUGUAGCAAAGCUGGGUUUAGUAGCAAAACCCUAACAAAGUGUUUUGAGAAAUACCUGACAUGAGACUUUUUACAUUUUUCUGAAAAAAAAUUUAAAAACUCAUACAAGGGAUGCAACUUAUGCAAAAUUAAGCUUCAUAUUUUUUGUUGACUAGCCUCCCAUCCUUUCUUUAUUUACUGUUGAUUAUCUUACGAACAACAGGCUGUCAACUCAAAAGAAUCCCCCAAGAGUUCCAGCGCCAGCCGGCAGCCUUCACUAUGCCGAGCCCCUGUAUGGUUGUAAGUGCACAGCGUGCGAUGAGGCCAUGGGAGGUGAGAUCCACGCUGCCCUCAGUGCCAGCCUUAAUGAAGAUCUCCUGCAGUUCGCUGUCAAGUGA